AUGACACAUGAGCAUCAGAAUGUCAGUCUAUCCUCCUCUAGUUCGCCUCGCUUUCCUCGAGAGCCGACUGCGACCACUAUUCCAGUCAUCAAUGCCACCACUACGCCCCGUUCCGCGGCUUUCACUCCUGCUUAUGACCUAUCUGGCGCAACAUCUGUAUCGACUCUAUCAAGCAAGAAGACGGACGCGGGGAAAAGUACCAGAGGAAUGGGAUCGGCGAGAGGCGGUGAUACUGCGGGGUCUGCAGUGGUAGAUGGAGCGGCGCCCAGGCGGUCCUUCACUCAGCCUCGGGUCUUGACACCGAGCACGGCAGCUGGUGAUAUCUCCGCUUCACCUCAUUCCCGCGAAAGGCGAUAUGCCUCUCUUCCUCCGACGUUCGGUCCAUCUCACCACUCUCCUUUCUCUCCAUCACACCCCUCUCUACCAUUGGGGGCUCGCGCUGGGACAUCUCAUGUCGAAAGGAACUGCAGAGUCAACGUGCGCGAAGAAGAUGGCAGUCGCGGGGAACCGAGGGGCGACACUCUGUCUCUUCCACCCGAUGCCUCUACGCUCGGGGAUAGGCGACUUCUGUCUAUUGCCUCCAUCAUAAACCCUCCCAGCGCCUCCAGGACGUUUGCAGACCUUGAGCCGGUCCACUACCUCAUCCUAAAAGAGCUCUUCCUUCUCCAACCGGUCAAGGUGAUCUGCCUCUCCCCAUACCUCUACCAAAUAUUCAUCCCACUCCUCUACCACACCGCUUCCCUCACCUACUCGCUCUUCUCCGGCCUUACUGGGUUCUCCUCUAAGAUACCCGUCUUCCACGCGCUCUCCUUCCUCGAGGUCUUGCAUAUCAAAGACCUCAACGGUCUGAUGAUAUUCUGCACCUACACCCUCCCUGCUCAACACCCCUGGGGCCAUCCCCUCUUUCCAAAACUAAGGCGCAUCAUCGUCCAUUGGGACGUCAUCCGUUCGCAAGCAGCCACCACCCAUGCCCUCCCCCAGCUGCACCGCUCAAACCAAAGCCCCGACCGCUUAUCCUUCCACGCACCCCAUCCUCUCCCCGAACUCGUCCUUCAUGUCGAGCUGAGCAACUCUUGCUUAUGGGAUACUCCCGCCCCUUAUCGCGAGAUCAAAGCCUUAGCAUAUAUCUUCACCCCUUCCUCCCUCAUCCUCCUGCUCUCACACUCUGGCCUUGCCGCGCCAACGACGCUCAACCAUCCUACUUCCUCGUAUCCAUCUUUCUCUGAUGUGCGAUACGACUGGCCCCGUAUCAUCCCUUCCCUCCCACUCCACUGGCCAUCAGCACACACUCUCAAGAUCAUCGUCGAGCCCGACCUCAUCCCGCCUUCGUGGCCAGACGUCAAAGCCGUUGCGAGAAGGGAGAUGGCUGUGAGGCAGGAUGUUGGAAAAUCUGUGUGGGCUUUGGUGCGGGAUCUGGAGGGGCAAGUGAGGGCCAUGGCGCAGGAGAGUCUUUAUGUGGAUACUCGUGCUAUGGGUGGUGCUGUAUUCUCGGGACACGCGCCGGCGAUGUUCUCUUCCACUUCCGGCGGUACGUCUGCUCCAGUGGCAGAGACGGGCUUCACAGCAGCUUCCAACGCUACCCACCACACACCCCCAUCACCUCCUCAUCCCCACACCUAUACUACAACAUUCUUCACCCAACCCACUAUCGUCCAACCUCCCCGUCUACCCCAGCUCGUCGCUCAAGUCAUCCUCCACAUCCCUCGUGCCAAGUCUUUCGAGGAUGCAAGUCGUUCGUUGAUUGGGGAAUCUCCUUGGGGGAUGGUGGCUAGGAGCGAGAGCAAUCAGUCAGAGGAUGAGGAGAAGCAGGGCUCUACAAGAGACGGCGGACAAGAUGAUGAAGAUUUAGCGGACGAAGCAAGCCUUCCUCGCCCUCUCCACCCAGCUCUCGUCAACUAUCCUUGCGUCCUCAUACACACCGACACUGCGUCCUUCUUCGACGGUCAUGCUCUGUUUGAAGAGUUCGAUGAGCAAGAUUGGGGGGCGAGAUCAAGCUGGAGGAAGGCGAGAGUCGAGGGGAAAGAAGGAGGGGACUGUGCUUGGCGAGUCGUGUUUGGACCUAAUGAGUGUACGCCGUUCAUACUCUAUCCCCCUAGACCUGUGUGUUAG